CUUCGAAUACGGUCUCUCCUCUACAACGCCCCGUGCCAGUAGGCCUCCCCUCUCUCAGCUGCUUCUGCGUCUCUAACCCCUCUCCCCCUGGUGCCGGGGUGCCCUCGUAUCUCUGCGCUCUUACCGCUCGAAGGGGUAUAGAGAGCAACUAAUUUUGCAAUUCAUCGUCACCAUUCUCCAGAAGUUCUUCGCAACGCCUGCUUCACGCUCGACUCUACACUCCUUUAAAGAAUGACGACCGAAGCCGAUAAUUUACGGCGGUCGAAAAGGAAUAAAUUUCACUUGGAUGUAGCCGCAAUGCAUCUAGCGCAUCCAGAACGACGACGCACUCAACCGGGCCGCCUCACCCCGUCGCCAGAAAUUCUCACACGCCGUGCGUCAUCACUCAGUCCCGCCACCCAAGGUAGCCCAGUGUCGUCUGAACCCGGUGAUGACAAACCUCGCAGAAUUCGAAGAGUUCCUAUUAGAAAUACAAACUAUGUCUAUGACGACUCAGAUGAUGACGAAUGUCGCCGAGGUUUGGAAGGUACAAAUCUUUGUGUGAAAUGUCCAGCAAGAUUCGAAACUCGCCCUGGACUUGCCAAUCAUUUCAAAUUACAUUUUGGUGAAAAACGCAAAUUUGCAUGUGAACUAUGCGAUUUCUCAGCUACAACGCUGAAAUCGUUGAGAUUUCAUCGAAGAGUACAUGAUCGGUUUGGAGUUGGACCAGCAACGCUAACUGAUCCACAUGGAAAUGGGAUCAUUACUGUUGGAGAUGUACUCCAUUGUGAGACUUCACUCGGUCUCAGUCUCUGUGCAAACUCAUCUCCACCGCAGCUAUCUCCUCCAGCAGCAUUUAGUGCUGGUUUGCUCAGAAGUAAUACGGAGCCGGCACAUCUAUCCACGCUGACAUCCGAGUCUGAUUCUCCAACACGAAUCACUCGUCGAAAUGCAGCUGCUGCGCCUGCUCCUCCGAUGACUCCCCCACCAAAUCUUGUUCGGGUAACGAAUACGGAUAGCACGACGAAGCGGGAAGUUCCAGGAAAGUCCAGGAAAUGUACGAAAUGUCCAUAUUCAGCAAAGACUAUUGCCAGGUUAAAAAUUCAUAUGAUUGGACAUCAGAAGCAAUGCGGUUUUCAGUGUCCUUUCUGUUCUUUCAAAAGUGAAUCAGCUGGUUUUCUGAAACGACAUGUUGAUAUGCAUGGUUGCCCUUCUUUUGCAUGGCCGCCCACCUAUGUUGGUAUUUCGCCACGAAAAUUGGCUUCCUUGGCUGGAAACAAUCAAUCCCGGUGCCGAUCCAGCUUGAAAUUGUUGUUCUUACAAAAAGCGCUCCAAUAUGCUUCGAGCAGUAAUGGCAUUGCAAAGUGGUCUUGUCCUAUGCAGAAAUGUAAUUUCUCUGCACCAUUGGUUCCUCAGCAUGUUUUACAUCACAUUAAGAGGCAUGUUCCGCUGAAACUCCGUCGAUUUCUUCGAUAUACAUGUUUGAAAUGUGGAGUUUGUUUCCCUACUGCUGGAGCACUGAAAACUCAUCGAGUCUCUCGUCAUACGAAAAAGCAUCAUCCAAAGGCACUGCAAUACUUCAUGCGUGAACGGGUCGGAUUUCAUUACAAGAGGAAAUUCGCUAAACCUAAAUUCGAAAUCAAAGAUGAAUCGUCGGAGAGUAACUCUCCUCAAACGCAAACUCCUGUACAGAAUGUUUUGGUUCCUGCUGUGAAAGCAGAAGGUUUCAAAAUAGAAGCAACAGAUUUGGUUUUGCAAGCGAUUCCGAUUUGUACUAAUGAAGGUACUGAAACAAAGCCUAAAGCCUUCGAAUUUUGUUGCUCUCUAUGUCCCUAUGGAACCACAACCCGCUCGAAUCUACUCCGCCAUGAAGCUAAACACCAAGUGAAAGAUCUCUUUCAGUGUCCCCACUGCUCAUUCUCCGGCCGAACCCUUGAGUUCAUCGAAAAACAUCGUCGUCUCCAUCAAUCGCCUAGUACUGUCACUACAGCGGCAACAACGCCGUCAUCGCCUCUGGUUCAUGGACAACCGGUCGUCUUCGUUCCAGUUUCAACAGUGAUUCCGCAAUCACUGACCAUGUCGCUAACGAACUCUUCAUCACCAGUGAUCGCUGUCUCGAUCUCUACCAACGGUACCGGACCGAUCACCGUACCGUACAGUGCCGUAGCCGCGCAUCUUCCGAUAUCGUUAGCCUCGGUGAUUCCGACUAUUAGAGAACAACAGGUUCAUUCAACAGCCACGCCUACCGACAAUGGCGAACAGAAAGCGAAAGGACUCACUCGACGUUCGGCUACGGAGCCUUCGUUGAGAUUUAUUGGGUCCGAUGGUGUCAAAAGACGUCGAUGCCCACUAUGCCCGUAUACUUCAAAGUUUUCAUGCGAUAUGCGUUCACAUAUGGAAAUGCAUACGAUGAAUGCACGUUUCAAAUGCUCACAGUGUACCUACAGUACAAAGAGAGCUGUUAGCUUACGGUCACAUAUCGGGCUGCAUACCGAAGAUAAUCUCAUUCGAGCUAAAUCCGGUAAGAGUGUGAAUGUCACCGUGCAAAGAACACUAAUUGGAGUGAGAAAAGGACGCGGUUUAUCUGCUUUCUAUAGUUGUGCACAAUGUCCUUUUGUGACGAGGAUAUGUGCCGAGUUAUGGCGACAUGCCAGGCGACAUCUUGGAGUAUCGAAAGGUUUCAACUGUUCUCUAUGCUCUUUUUCAUCGAUCAGCUUAGAAAUCAUGGAAGAACAUCAGCUGCUGCACCCAGAAGGCGCAGCGUUUAUCCGGCAAAAUCUCAACGAUGAUGAGGAAACUCCAACAACGCCAGUGACACCAGUUUGUUUGGAGCUGAAAUGCGAUGUAUGUCCAUUCAAGACAAACAUCUACCAGAGAAUGUGGAAUCACAAACAGAAGCAUAAGAAAACUUCAAAGUUUGUAUGUAGCAAAUGCACAUUCAGCACCGGAUCUGAACUCUGCUUGGAAGAUCAUAUGGUGGUUCACAGUGAACCAUGCAGUGCUGUCGACACCGGUCCUACUCCAAGCCCAGCUCCUUCAGCCGAUGUGAUUCAAAAAUCUGAUAGCGAAAAAUCGUCUAGCCCGGAUUCGCAGAAAGCACAGGGAGUGGUAGAGAAGAGCAAAGACCAGGAAGUUCCAGCUACGAAUGGAGUAUGCACUAGAAGUGACCUCAGAAAGCCAUUAUCCAUCAAAGUAGAUGCUGUCAAGCUUAUGCGACCUACAAAGGAAGUACUUCCGGUGCUAAAACGAGACAACAGAAAUGAAGAGCGAAAGCAAUGUCCUGAUUGUCCAUUUGUGGAAUCGGAUGAGUUGAUAUUUAAAAUGCACAGAGAAAUGCAUGGUGGACGUACACGAGCCUAUGCUUGUAAUUUGUGCAAUUAUAGCUGUUUCGCUGCUGAGGCUCUCCAUUGGCAUCUCUCAUUACAUCUACCGCCCCUCAGUCCAGCAAGUGCUUUGAUACAGAGGAGGCGUGGCUUGGGACGACGAAGUUUCCAAACUUCUGAUCCUAUCCCACUUGGUGCUAAGCACUUCUCAUGCACUCAGUGCUCAUUCCGGACAAUUAGCGAAGCGAAUUUUGUACAGCAUAGGCAACAACAUGCACAGCACAUUCAACAACGAUUAGUCACGCAAAUGAAACGAGCAGCAUCCGAAGAAGAGAACAAGAGAGCGUCGAAGUUCAAGCGAGUAGCGAAGAAAAGCGAUAAGAUGCAUUCAUGUGUGAGAUGCUCGUUUCGAUGUGACACAUCAGUGGCAUAUUCCAGACAUCUUGAGAUGCAUACACAGAAUGCUUUGAUCAAGUGCAGAAUUUGCGACUACUCUGCGAACACGAAACAGAUUGUGGAUUUCCAUGAGCAGAAUCAUCAUUUGGAUCAGUCUCUCACCCAGCUGCGAAGGAACGCUAUUUUAGCACCGGAUGUGGUUCAAAUGGAAGUGACUUCCACUGAUGAGGAACGUGCAAAGAUGGCCGGACAAGAAUUCCGAUGUAAACGAUGCAACUUUCACACGCUAGAGAUCUCAGUGCUUGCCAAACACUUCGAGCAGUGUCAUCACGAUACGCCAGCGGAUCGAGAGAUUGCAGCUGAUUUGAGGAUGAAUUUGGUACCAGCAAAUAGUAUUCUUACAACAGCAUGAAUCUGUAGUAGGGUACAAGAACUCGCAGCUCUGGAAAAAGUUCAGGUGCACUUCUUCUGAUUUUUUUGAUCGAAGUGUGAUAUUUUGAUUGUUUUAUGGUAAUUAUAUUAGUUAUGCAGCCUAUGCAGCGUUAUAG